AUAGAUGCCCUGACCACGGUCUCACUAUGGUCAGCCAUCUCCUUGAGUGGUGGUCUCGACACGGAUGUUUCUAACCUACCACUGUCCAAGGGCCAAAAGCAGCUGUUGUGUCUAGCCCGGGCUAUAGUCAGGAAGAAUUCUAGCAAGGUCCUGGUACUUGAUGAAGCUACCAGUGCCGUCGAUCAAGAAACCGAAGACAUGAUGGCUAGGAUCAUCGAAAGCGAGUUCGUUGAUCAUACUAUCAUAUCUGUGGUUCACCGUCCUCAGGCCCUCCGUGGCAUCGAUAAAAUUGUCACCUUGCAGGACGGCCGAGUAGUAAGCGUGGGGUCUGCAGAGAACUAG